GCGGAGGCUGCGCGCCGCAGACCCGGGCGGUGCGAGCGCGAUGGCGGCGGCGGCGCGGGGCUCGGGCUAGCUGCGGGCGGCGCGGAUGGCGGGCGGCGCGGGCUGGGCGGGCGCCCCCGCGGCUCUGCUGCGCUCCGUGCGCCGCCUGCGCGAAGUCUUCGAGGUGUGCGGCCGCGACCCCGACGGCUUUCUGCGCGUGGAGCGCGUCGCGGCGCUCGGCCUGCGCUUCGGCCAAGGCGAGGAGGUGGAAAAACUUGUGAAGUGUUUGGAUCCCAAUGACCUGGGCAGAAUCAACUUCAAGGACUUUUGCCGAGGAGUGUUCGCCAUGAAAGGGUGCGAGGAGCUGCUGAAGGAUGUGCUGUCAGUGGAGAGCGCGGGGACCCUGCCGUGUUCCCCCGAGAUCCCAGACUGUGUGGAGCAGGCCAGUGACAUCUCUAGCUCUACGUUUGCUGAUGGCGAGCUCCUCCCCAGGGAACCCGGCUUCUUCCAGGAAGACGAGGAGGAAGCAAUGGCACUGGCCCUACCUGAGGGACCCCAGGAGUUAGAAAUGGACACCCCCAUGGAGAGCAGCCAGGGCCUGGAGGGUUCUGGCAGGAGCCCUGGCGAUGAGAAGGAGCCUGAGCUGGGAGGUCUGUUCCUGCCAGAGGACAAGUCCCUGGUCCUCACUCCAUCCAUGACCACAUCAGACCUUUCCACUCACUCCACCGCCUCUCUCAUCAGCAACGAGGAACAGUUCGAAGACUACGGAGAGGGGGAUGACGUGGACUGUGCUCCCAGCAGCCCCUGCCCUGAUGACGAGACCAGAACCAACGUCUACUCAGAUCUAGGAUCGUCAGUGUCUUCCAGUGCGGGGCAGACCCCAAGGAAGAUGCGCCAUGCCUACAACAGUGAGCCACUGGACGUGUACUGCUCUCAGUGCUGCAAGAAGAUCAACCUGCUGAAUGACCUGGAGGCCCGGCUGAAAAACCUAAAGGCCAACAGCCCCAACCGGAAGAUCUCAAGUACAGCUUUCGGACGGCAGCUCAUGCACAACAGUAACUUCAGCAGCAGUAACGGCAGCACCGAGGACCUGUUCCGGGACAGCAUCGACUCCUGUGACAAUGACAUCACGGAGAAGGUGAGCUUCCUAGAAAAGAAAGUGACAGAGCUGGAGAAUGAUAGCCUGACCAGUGGGGACCUGAAGAGCAAGCUGAAACAGGAGAAUAUGCAGCUGGUGCACAGGGUGCACGAGCUGGAGGAGAUGGUGAAGGAUCAGGAGACCACAGCAGAGCAGGCACUGGAGGAGGAGGCGCGACGACAUCGUGAGGUCUACUGCAAACUGGAGCGGGAGAAGAGCACCGAGCUGGAGCUGCUCAACACCAGGGUGCAACAGUUAGAAGAAGAAAAUACUGAUCUGAGAACAACGGUGGCUCGACUGAAGUCACAGACGGAGAAACUGGAUGAGGAACGGCAGCGCAUGUCUGACCGUCUGGAGGACACCAGCCUACGCCUCAAGGACGAGAUGGACCUUUACAAGCGCAUGAUGGACAAGCUGCGGCAGAACCGCCUGGAGUUCCAGAAGGAGCGGGAAGCGACGCAGGAGCUCAUUGAGGACUUGCGGAGGGAGCUGGAACACCUGCAGAUGUACAAGCUGGACUGUGAGCGGCCAGGUAGGGGCCGCAGCUCAUCUGGCCUUGGAGAGUUCAACGCCAGAGCGCGAGAGGUGGAACUCGAGCAUGAGGUCAAGCGUCUGAAGCAGGAGAAUCACAAACUGCGGGAUCAGAACGAUGACUUGAAUGGGCAGAUCCUGAGCCUCAGCCUGUAUGAGGCCAAGAACCUCUUUGCCACCCAGACCAAAGCCCAGUCUCUGGCUGCAGAAAUCGACACGGCAUCUCGCGAUGAGCUAAUGGAGGCCCUGAAGGAGCAGGAGGAGAUCAACUUCCGACUGAGGCAGUACAUGGACAAGAUUAUCCUGGCUAUACUGGACCAUAACCCCUCCAUCCUGGAGAUCAAACACUGAGCCACGGCUGGCUGCAGAGCGGCCAUUGGACCUGGGACCUAGGGGUAGGCCUGCCUGCAGAUGAAGAUGCAGGCAGGACCCAACACUCACUCUGUAAAUGUACCUCUGACCACCCUGUGUGUGUGUGCUGGUGUGUGCGCUGGAGACUGCACACACAGGCAGAGGAGUGAGCUUGGGGCCGUGGCUGUGGGUGACAACCCGUGGUGAGCAGCGUGUGCACUUUGCAGCCCCUUUGUGAGGCGCCGAGGGGGCUGGCUAUGGGAGGGACACUCAGGAGUUACAGCAAGGACUGGAAGCUCGCAUUUAGCAUACUGAUGAAAUGAUUCUACCUCUGUGGAUAAGGGUUAGCAGACGCUCUCAGGAGAUGUGUCGUCCAUCCCAUUCCCCCCCCCCCAGAGUGGGGACAAAAUUGUUACAUUCUCCAGAAUUUGGUGUCCUUGCCAGCCUUUCUGGCUACCUUUCAAACCCAGGUUUUUUAAUCUCAGAGGAGGAAGGGGUGUUUGUGGGUAGCCCUCUGGGGUGCAGGUAAACGGGGUCCAGUGGACUCAGGUCUACAGCUGGUGUGCACUGUCCAUGAAUCCUUUGUAGUUUUCCAUGUCCUUCCCAGCCUUGCUUUCCUACCUCCCCUUUCUGGUUUGGCUUCAGUUUGUUUUGAAGACAGGAAAUAGCCGGGCGGUGGUGGCGCACGCCUUUAAUCCCAGCACUUGGGAGGCAGAGGCAGGCGGAUCUCUGUGAGUUCGAGACCAGCCUGGUCUACAAGAGCUAGUUCCAGGACAGGCUCCAAAGCCACAGAGAAACCCUGUCUCGAAAAACCAAAAAAAAAAAAAAAAAAAAAGACAGGAAAUAUACACAGCAUUCACUUGGGGGUGGAAGAAAGGCCAAGAAAGGUGGAGUGCCCAAGGCAGGUAUUAACACUGGGGGCCAAAGGGAGUGAUUGCCUGGGAGACACGUGUUCCCAUGGCUGCGUCUUAACAGUGUACAGAUGCGCCUUGGGGAGGGCAGGUGGGGGGAGGUAACACGCCCCUUCUUGCAGCUCUCAGGCACACCUGAACCUGGUCCCCCACUAGAGAGCAGGCUCUGCUGCUAGGAGGACCUGUGGAGAACACUGGGGGAACCUUAGUCUUCCGUGCUGUGAAUACGUGGUGGGCAUUCCCUCCCGCCCAGAUUUUUUUUUUUACGAAUGUGAUCUUUUGUUGAGGCAUCUGGGCAUAGAUGCUGUGCCUGAACUGUUGCAGUUCAUCUCAGUUUAUAUGGUUUGUGAUCGGCUCCCUCUUCCCCGGUGCAGAUAAACACGGACGGUCUAAGUCUUCCCCCGUCGAUUGUUUUCUUGAGCACAUCUUGAGUAAUAGAAAGGAAGGUCUGGAGAUGUUGGGGUGGCUAGUGAGCAGCAGGGGUUCAGUGGGGGGUAAAGAGGGGACAGAGGAGGGCUGUGGCCGGUUGCCUUUCAGCCCCCUCACUGUGCUGCCCUUGGCUCUGCAGAUCUGUUUUAAUUGUGCGCACAGAGUUGUCUUGUGCUGUGUAGAUGGCGGGUGGGUUGCCUUGCCCUGGGCUGCCUGGGUAAGCCACACCAGGAAGACAGGAAGGCUUGAUCUUAAGGUGCAGGUCUCCUUGAGCAUUCCCUGGGUCUAGGAAGACAGAGCCAAGGGCAGCUAGGUAGGGAGACUUGAGGAUGUGUCAGUAGGAAGGUUGAUCCAGGUGUCGUGCUGGCGGGAAUGGGGCAGAGGCCAACUGAGUGUCGGUCCUGUCUGUGGGGGCUGCCUCGGGGAUGGGUGCUUUGUACUUGAAAUUGUAUGGGCCUCCAGUUUCACUGGUGUGUAAGUCUCCAGAGAGGCCACAGAGGCCAGUGUCACAGCGGAACAGAGGAAGAAGGAACUUCUGUCAAGGCAACACACAGGCAGGGCUUUUGGCCCACAUUGUUGGGCUGCAAGAAUAGGCUCCCUGAGGAAAUGCCAAGUUUGGAGGCCCCCAUGGACGUGGACCCUUACUGUAGGCCUUUGGAAGUUGACUUCUGAGGGCAGGACUAGCUUCCAGGCCUCACACACCUCAGCCAGAAUACACUUGAGAAAACUUGUUAACUUGGCCUAGAUCAUGUGUUGUUUCUUGUAGUGGUGGCAGUAGGUUUUUGUUUUAGUUCUGGAGACAAGGUCUUGCACUGUAGCUCUGACUGCCCUGGAAUCACGGUAGGCCUCUUGCCUUAGCCUCCAGAGCGCUGAGCUUACAGGCCUGAGUCCCCACUCCCAGUUCAUUUUUAAAAUGUUUUUCUGGGCUUAAAAGCCCGGGGCUCCUAGCAUGACAUCACUCUUGAGAGAUCGCAGAACUCUCCUUGGUUGGGAGAGUCUGACUUCUGUUCUGCCUCCCUGGCUCACUUUCCUUUUGGUUAGAUUUGAAUUUCAGAUAAACAAGUGGUUUUAACGUUUAGAAUCACGAUGUUCCAAGCCAUGCUUGGUACUUUGGGAGCUUUUUACUAUUCUGAUCCUCACGUGUUCUAACAGUUGGUAGAGCUGUGGCCCAGGCCUCGGAAUGCUUUAAGAAUGCCCCAGGUGAUACUAACUUAGCUAAAUGUUCUCUGACGGGGUAUUGCUUUUGCCAGAUCAGACGACUCCCUCGGGGAAGGGUCAGCAGUGACCUGCCAGGAUCUGAGGAGGCUGGGGCGGUGGAGCAGAUGCGCCUUUUAUGUGAUGCUAAGCGUCCUUGUGUUCCAUCAGAAGCCAAACAGAGUGAACUAAUGUGUUCCUGUGUCUGUUUCCUUUUAGCUCAGAAUUAGCUGGGUUUUAUUUUAUUAUUUAUUUAUUUUCUUUUGGUUUUUUUCGAGGCAGGGUUUCUCGGUAGCUUUGGUGUCUGUGCCUGAACUAGCUCUUGUAGACUAGGCUGGUUUCGAACUCACAGAGAUCCACCUGCCUCUGCCUCCCGAGUACUGGGAUUAAAGGCGUGCGCCACCACCACCCAGCUUGGGUUUUAUUUUGAACUGGUAGCUUUCCUUAAGAUUCUACAGAAGAAAUUCCUUUUUAAAAUUUUAUUUUUGACACGCCGAAAACACAAAGCUCAAGAACCAAGCAGAACACCAGGACUCGAGACUGGGUUCACCAGUUUGGCUGCGUGCUGGAGUCACCCGAGGAAGUUCUGAAAAAACAUCUGAUGUUGGAGGGCUUGGGAGUGUGGCACAGGGGCAGAGUGCCUGGUGCGGGGCUUAGUCUCUGGCUGUGUGAAAGGAGCUGGUGAUCGGACCCACCCCGAGUCCCUCUGACUGGCGGCGUGGGGAGCAUGGGUGGCCCAGCACCCGUGUGUGCACCGCUCUUCCCGUGCCGUUCAUGUGCAGCUCAAGUAGAGAAGUCACAUGAAUGUCUGCAAGCUCGAGCAGGGCUGUCUGAGAAGCUUGUCUUAGACUGAGGUGAUGGAAGGUGGAUGGCUUUGGGUAAUUAUGCCCCAGGAGAGAGUCCAGCUGCUCUCACUAAGCCUGGACAUCUGUAUCCCCUAGUGGCUCCCUGCCUGGGAUACCCAGAGUCGCAGGAAACAGGUGCCAGCUGUCGAGCCCAUUGCAAAGUGGGGGCAGGUAAUGAGGUGAGAGCGUCAGGUGCAGUGGCCUCUUGCCUCUGUGGCUGAGGGUGUCCCAGUUGCUUCUGUCAGUGUCAAAUCAUCCAGUUCACACCGUGGAGGCUCUGGGUGAUACUCCUAUGGGUAGUCUGUGAUCGUGCUGGUUCCAGUGGUCCAGGGGAUGUUGUUACACACUGGGCUCUGUAGGGGAUCUGUAGGCUCUUCAGCAAGGCCCCCGGAAGCAGGGGGAAUUACUCCGUGAGGCAUUGGCAAAUUUCCACUUAUGUAGACAUGGCUGAUGGGACCUGGGAAAGGUUUAGGGUAGUCACCAGGCCAGCCCAACAGAUACCCAGUGACUCUGUAGAAGUUAGGUGAAGCUCCUUAGGGCUUCAACGCUGCCCCUUCUUCCCAGUCUUUCCUUCUACCCUCACUGGGGUCCAAGGACUUGCCUCUGGUGGCUCUUCAGGUUGGUACCACUAACGUGUUCACCAAGGGGCCUCAAGUUAAGAGUGGCCAAAUCUUGACAGGACCUCCCUGUCCUGCCUCCUGUCUUGACUUGACUGUGCACGGAUGGCUAUGUUGGGGAAGGUGGGGCCAACCUGCCCUACCUUCAGGGCAGGACAGCUCGUGGCUCUGCCGUCCCAGCUGCUCAGCUAAGAAAACAGCCACUUCUAGAAGGCUUUGUUUCUGAAAGCAUAGCAAGGUGACAGCCCUUGUCACCCUAUUCACCAGGAGCUGGGUAUCUUUGAUGUACUGUCCUUGUGGGCUCCUCUUCCCAUCGUGACUGUAAUGUAGGGAUGUCUACCCCAGAGGUACCAGCUUGGGAGUGAGGGGAGGGAGGUAACAUCCCAUGCCGCCUCUCUGAUGGCCCUGUCUCUUGCUGGGGCCAUCUGCUUUCCUGUUCUGCACAGGCUGGGUUUUGUCUGCAUGGUUUGGGGUCCUUGUGCCUUUUUUCCCUUGUGGACCACACAGGAUUCUGUUAUCCACUGCCCCCUUUUGUACACCCCCGUACCCCUCUCCCCAGUCCAGUGUGUACUCGUGUGCAGCCAUGUGCCUCCAGUGAGGCCAGCUGGCAGACCCUGCUUCCCCAUAGAUCCCCCAGCCUCUGUUGACUUGGUAACUCUUGUACAGGAUCUUUUGUUACAGUCUUAAGCACAGGGAACACUUAGUCCCUGUGUACCUGCAGCUAGUUUAGAAGCUCUGCGUCCCAGACAAGGGUAGCUUUGUGUAGGCCAGCUUCUUCCACAAGCCUCGUCUGUGUGGGUGUGGAUAUUUAUAGAAGACAGAUCACCUUUAACCCCGCACUGGCCCCAGCAGGGGGUUACAGGUCUGCCAGACCCCAUGCAUGGCUCUUCUGGAGGAAGCCCCAGCCAUGUGGUUUCCAGUGCUCUGCAAUACAUUUGGGUUUAGGGCCACUGUGUCUGGUGUCUCCCCCCAUCCCCAUGUGUGCUGAAGGAAGUCAUUUGCUACUGUCCCUGCCUACUGUUAUCACCUGUCCAGCCCUUCCUUGUCUGCUGGUGCUCAGACCAGAGUGCCGUUACUCACCAGACUGAUGUCAGGACCUGGACAGGACAGGACAGCGUGUGCCGAGGACACACAGCCUGCUGGCUCCCAACUUCAGCUCUUUGCACUCUGGGGCUGGGCCUGCGGGGGCCCAGGUGGAAGAAGCUACCAGCGAUAGGUUCUGAUUUUCCAGGAAUUCCAUCUGGGGCUUUGCCCCAGAAGCCAGUAAUUGCAAAUGGCCUUAGCUUUGGGGUUGGAAAGGAACUUCCACUUUAGACCCCAGGGAGGGGAGAGGGGUGAAUCCCAGGCCCUGAACUGUUUGCCUCCAGCCUGUUCUGUCCUGAAACAGGCUUUCAGCGCGGGCACCUUCCAAGGAACUGUAAUGUACAGACCACAGUGUAAAUAAAUAGUUGGCUUUUUGUUCCUGA